UGAUCACACUGGUACUACUGUGUUGCUUCUCUUUAAUCACAGACGGACACACAAUGCUCAGCUGGUUGGACGGCGGACAGGACCCAUAACUUUGUGUCAGUUUGAGCCUUCUUUGUUAUUAUGCUGCGUUUUACUUCGUGAAUGUGUACCUGCCACCACCGCCCAACAAUGAGAGGCAUCCUUAAGAGAAAGUUUGCAGAGGUUGAUGACAAUGCCUACUCGUCCUCCUCCUCACCCUCUCCUCCAUCCUCCCUCUCCUCUCCUGCCUCCUCAGAGUCGGAGUCUGACGGAGAGAGCGGCUCUUCUGAAAAUCAAGAUUUCACACCUCGCAGCCCUGCAUCACCCACCAGUUUGCCCACUCACUCCAUCCUGAAGAGGCCUAAGCUUGCAAGCAGACCGAGCAGCGUACGCUUUGACCAGGUGACAGUGUUCAGCUUCCCGCGCUGCCAGGGCUUUACCAGUGUGCCCAGCCGUGGAGGUGCCACCCUUGGCAUGGUGCGGAGGCACAGCAGCCUUCAACGGUACACGGUGUCCGAGCAUGCCCUGGAGCAACGGCAUAGGCGCAGACAGAGGUUCAGAGACAGACGGAGGGAAGAGCGGCUUAAAGCAUUAAAACACAAACUGCUUACCAGUGGGGCCAUUGACCAACAAGAAGCAGACAGUCUCACUGUGGAUCAAAUCCCAGAUGAAAACACUGACAGCGACAUCAGUGAUAGUGACCAGGAGGACAGAGGUUUCCUUCAGCCGUUCUCCUCCAAACAACGCCAAGCCAUCCUCCAAGCAGCAGGGGUCAGGUUCAUUGACAGGGAGGAGAAAAGGCAGCUUCAUGCCUUGCGGCGCUCUAGAGAGACCUGUGGAUGUGACUGUCAAGGCUUCUGUGAGCUGGAGACCUGUGCAUGCAGUCUAGCAGGCAUCAAGUGCCAGGUGGACCGCUUCAAUUUCCCAUGUGGCUGCACUAAGGACAGCUGUGGAAACAUUCAGGGACGCAUCGAGUUUGACUCCAGGCAUGUGCAGACUCAUUACAUCCACACCGUCAUGAGACUGGAAUUGGAGCGGCGUUUGCAAGAAGAAAAACAGAGCCCAGAGGACCAGGCUGGUCUUACAGAGGAGCUUCAACAUGCAGAGGAGGAGGAGGCGGUCUGUACAGAGCAGAAUGCACAGGACAAGAGCUGUCCCUUCGGCUUCACCUCAGAGGAGGUUGGCCUUCCUCUCACCAUGCCCACCACCCCUUCAUUCCAUUUCGUCCCAGAGCGCUUGGUAGUGGAGGAGAACAGCUGCAGCAGUGAUAUGACCGAAUCCUCUUGUUCUUCCUCUGACUGUGAUGCAGGAGGAUGCUGCAGCGGCGGUCACAAUCUUCCUGAAGUUGAUGGAGGAUUGAGCCGUGCCCUUAGUCUCUGUGACUCGGAAAAUAAUAACUACUCCUCUUACAGCCAAGUGAGGCAUCAAAGAGACCCACUGACACAGCGCAGCAGCAGCAGCAGCAGCAGCAGCUCUGCCACUCACAGCAGUACUACUGACAGUAUGGGACCACACACAGUCGACACAUUCACAGACAAUGUAAACAGGAACUCGGUGACAGAUUAUCUUGACGAAAAUGCGAAUCAACCCAGAGAUGUGUUUGAUGAUGACUCUCUCGAGGGCUUGCCAAACACCCCCUCCCCCACUGUGGACUAUUCCUUUGGCAGAUACAUGGACUUGAGUCUGUCCUCUGACUCUGACCUGGAGUUCUUUGACAGCGACUAUCCUUGCGGACCACUGCACAGCUCCUUCAAAGGGCACAGACACCCAGACAGUUUUCGCCACCUCCAGCUGUUCAGCUCUGUUAGUUUGCCACAGUACGAGUCGAGCACCCACCUGCUAGAGUCUCUGAUCGGGUUAACUGACCAGAACACAGAGUAGAUUUAUUCGGUCACUGAUACCCAGCUUCUUCUUCUUUUUUUUUUUUUUAAGCUGAUUUAAGGAAGCACUGCUUUUAUGUAUUUGUAAUAAUAUUUUGAUGUACAAAGAAAGAUGGAUGAUGACAUAUUUUUCCUAGCUGGAUAUUUUUCUAUUGCUGAUUAAAAAAAAAAUAUUUGCCUUGAAUAUUGGAGCAUUUGAAGAAAUAUUUGCCUAGAUUAUGUCAUUUAAAAAAAAAAAAUCCUAAAACUAUAUAUCAUGCCCAUCUCACAGAGAGUAUGCAUUUGAAAAAAAUAAACAGUGGGGUAAGAAGAACGAGGUGCCAUUUCAAGAGAACAUUGUGAAUAAAAACACUUGCAUACUGCUGAAAGGUGGCCAAGACAGGAUGAAGACAGAAUAAUCCACUUUGACUCAUGACUCCAGCCUCCAGGAUGUGAAUGAUUUUUUUUUUUUUUUUAAUUAAAUAACUAC